AUGUUGAGCCCUGCUGAAGUGAAGAUGCACGUGAAGAAAACACUUGAGGCGAUUCCAAUCGGAUCGGACCCGGAUGGUAUUUAUGGAGGGAAAGGAUUCUAUAUGUAUAUGUUUACUCAUCAUCCGGACCUUCGAAAGUUCUUCAAGGGAGCUGAAAACUUUUCUGGAGAUGAUGUCCAGAAAAGCGAAAGAUUUGACAAACAGGGUCAACGAAUCCAGCUGGCCGUUCACAUCUUGGCCGACACAAUGGACGAU